AUGCCCUCUGCAGGGAUGCUCGAGCCCCCUGGUUGCCUCACCGCUGAUGAGGAUGCAACCAACGAGCAGGCGGGACAGUCGCCGGCAGCGUCUUGCAAUCACGGCAUCGAUGCCCAGGAGUUCAGCCAGCUUUACCAUGUGGCCCAGCAAGCAGGUGAUUCAAGAAUUGAACAGGCAGUCGAUCUUCUUCUUCAGCUGAAGCAGUGGCUGGUGACAUCACUGCACUCGACUGGAAAGACGCCCGUACUUGACGGGGAGGCCGUGGCGUGCCUGCAGACGACACUGCUGCACUUCUGCAGGUAUUGGCCCACUGGCGCCACGCUGCGACAGGCCGUGGAUUACUGCUCUUCGCGAAACGCUGACAUAGAAGAAUUUGACAGUGCCGAGGGCUCUCGUGCAGCAACUGCGGCAAGCACCGCCCUAGCGCCACUCUUGUACGCGCAAAGGGCUUUGCUUGCUGCGACCAUCAUGCUGCAGAGCUUCCCGGUCACAGCGCUCGUGGCGGAGCCCGUUUCGUUGGAGACAAUGGUACGCACAUUGCACACUAUUGCGGAGGCGGGUCUCGCCGAGUGGGUAGCGUGUGAGACGGAUGCUCUCGGCGCACUGGUAGAAGCUCUGCGGCUGCUGGCGGGGGCUGAGCUCAGCGCCCAGCCGCAGGCGAUGCAGUGGGUCGACUGGGUCUUGGACACCGUCGCCCUUUGUUGCGAAGACGCCGCCGACACCGCUGCCACCACCGCGUCUCAUGGUGCUCCUCUGGGAGCUGGCGAUCUGAGCGUGCCUCGACCUCGGCAGCGACUGCACAGCAGUGGCUUGUCGUCACCCACGAGUCAUCCUCUUUCAGGCUGCGGGGAGACAGACGUGAUUCGCGGCAGCGGGCUUGUAGACGGCGAAGCUCAGAACCAGCUGCGCCGGAAGCAGUCAUGCCACAUGAAGUCCUCCUCCCGUCACCUCCAUCCGCAUCCUGUCAACAACGCGUCCUUUGCUGACUCCAUCUCUUCAGGGUCACCUCUGAGCUUUAUUCAGAGUAGGGACGGCGGGGCUGCCGCCGCGGCAUUCGCGCUCCUUCCGCCCCGCACUGCACCAGAGGAACAUGAGAACCUUUGUGACUACCUUGUGUCUCUCGGCUUUCUGUCUACCCUGCAGCGGAUCAGCGAUCAUGCGCUAGCGCAGUGUGUCCCUUCGAACGGCGAUCGGGCAGGUUCCUCGGCAGCGGAUGCUCUUGCAUCUCUGCUGCCUAUCAUUGGUACCCUUUAUCGAUGUUUCGCUCAGAGCUACCCGGAGGAGUUGCGUGGGCUCGGCGUCUUGGGCACUCUCACGAGCAUGCUAAACAUGUGUGCGGCGGACGCGGCAACGGUCGAGGCGGCCGCGCGCACCCUGGUGAAACUCACCUACGUCGAAGAGUGCUUGGCGGAGAUGCAGGCAGGAACGGCCGUGAUCGCAGCCGCCGCGCACGCGCUGCGCUCACAGCUGUUCCGCACGCACGCAGACGCACCGCAGGAGUCGUCGAUAGAGCUCCUAGUCUCCCGUCUGUGCGGCGUGAUGGCCCGCGUCGCAGAGGACAGCACGGAGCAGCAGGAGUACCUUGUGUCUCCUCCGAUGGUGCACCUCUUGGAGGCACUAGCAACGCGUUACGUUACUGUUUCCGGCCCUGCAGACGUCGAGCUAGAGCAUUUCAGUGAUUCGUUGCCGCUGCCGCCAUCGCCAGUGCUGCAGGCUGUGGUCUGGGUGCUUGGUAUUGCAUCCAUGUCACCCCAGUGUCCCUUGCAGCUCGUGCGGUCAGUGACGCCGCCGCUGGUGCGCCUCUUGGCGGUGCUGAGGAAAACGCCGAAUAUGCAGUUGACGGCCGUGUACGUGCUCAUGUGCCUCAGUAAUCUGUCAUACUUCUUCGGCGCCUUUGAAGCUGUAGAGCCGGCUCGCAGUGAGAACGACGGCGGGUAUGCGUCCGACUGGCUUUCCACCCUCUACAGCUCCCUCGGGUUGGUGCUGGCACAUUACCUGUUUGAGGACAACGUCGAGGCCACUGUGGAGGCCACUCGCAUCCUCGGUAACAUCAGUUACACGAACGCCGGGCGCGACUGGAUGGAGGCAAACCACUGCGACGAGGUGACAGUGCUCUUCCUCGGGCAUGAAGAUUUACGCGUCGUGUACAACUGCUGCGGAGUGCUGCUCAACCUGACGGCAGCCUCGCCGUGCCGCGUCGUGCAAGAUCCAGAGCUGCUGCAAACAAUGCUCUCAUACACGUCGCGGUACACCGACCAGGACAGAGUCGAGGCAGUGACCGCUCUCGAGGAGGCGCGACUGCGUCAGGAGCAGCAAGAGCUGCAGCAGCAGCGGCGCGGUGGGGAUAUGAAGGAGCUCGUGUCCGAGGCGAGCAGCCACGUCGCACAGAUCUCGGAUAUUGUGGAGAAACUGCUCCUCAAUGUGCAUGGCGUGCUUCACGCAUCUGCCAUAUAG